UAUGGAAGAUUUUUUUGUAUUGCAUAUUAUAUUUUAAUAUAUGAUUAAAUAUGGUGUCAUAUCCAUCAAUUAACAUAGUAGAUUCAAUAAUUGACGAGGUGGCAUUAGAAGGUUUGGAUGGUAUUACUAUAGAAGCGCUAUGGUUACGUUUAGCACACAGACUGCACAAUCCUAUACCAUUUUCAAAGCCAUUUAUGAUUCAAAUAUGGUCAGUGUGUGUUCAAAUCCGAGAAUUGGAAUUUUAUGAAUUAGAAACUACAAGAGAGUCACUUGUAAUUUUUGAUCGUUAUCAAUUUGUAGAUCCUGAUUUAGGUAUUAUAUUGGAACCAGAAAAUGUACCACCAGACAUUUAUCCACAUUGCCCAGUGCAUGAUGUUGUAAAUGAUAUUAAAGGAUCAUGUUCUACUUAUUAUACUAGGAAAGAUAUUACAAGACUUGUAAGAAACUUCAGCUUAGAUGAAGCUAUAGAAAAAUAUGGACAAAAAUUAGUUAUUGUUGCAUCACAAUCUGCUAGAAAUCACGCACUGAUGGGAGAUGAAGUAUCUCCUAUACUUGAAUUAAAUGUAAUACAGUAUUGUUUCCUAGAAAGAGUAGGAAGAUCUCGAUAUCAUGGUGAAGUUACCCAGGGAAAACUUAGUCUUAAUGCAUUGAAAGAAGAUCCUAAAAGUUUAUUUUAUCAUCGAAAGUUUUUACUACGCCAUAAACUAAUAACAAAGCAAAUACAUCAUCAAAAGAGUGGUAGUUAUAGUUGUAAUGGAAGCCUUUUACAUCUUCCACGAUUCUUUGUUGAAAGAAAACCAAAAAUAAUUUUUUUGGCUGAAGAAGUUAUAAAAAUUCUUAAGUCAAAACCUAAUUGCGUUGCAGAGUAUGAUGAAAUAAAACGCAAGUUGCAAAUUGAAAAUGCAAUAAAAAAAUUAUUUAAAACUUCAUUUUUCCAAAAAGUUGUGAAAACUGAUAUUAGAGUACCAUAUAGAACUUUAUAUCCUAAUGCAACACCAGUAGAAUGGCAGCAAAAAAAUAAUCCUACAAAGGAAAAGAAGAUUAAAGUAGUACAGUUAUUAUCUCCAAAUAUUGAUAUUCUUGAAGCUUGGAAUAAAGAUGAAAUACAAGAAGAAGAUGAACUUCAAGAAUUAAACAUCUCAAAUCAUAAAUAUGGAGUACCUUAUUUAAAACAAGCAAAUACGAUAAUUGAAGCUAAUAAAAUUGAUGGUGUAUGCCAAGGAAGUUUAGCUAAGAUAAUGGGACUGACAAAAUUACAAUCUCGGACGAUUUUACGAAAUAUAGUUAAAACCAAUAUUGUUGCUACUUAUAUGAAUGAUAUUGGUAGACAGAGACUUACAAAAUAUGUAUCAAAAAAAUAUGAAAAAGCUAGUAAACUUAGUAAACAAUUUAAUAAAGAAAUGCAUAAAAUUAAAGAACUUACAAAACAAAUUACAACUGAAAGUAAUGGUUUAGAAAAAGCUAAAAUAGAUAUAGAGGAAAAUAAAAAUGCCAUUAUUAAUAAUAAAGAAGAGAGUGUGGAAACGAUAUCUAAAUGUAAUAUAGUCGAUAAGGAUAAUUUAGUAGAAAACGAGUCAAAGACUACAACAAUAGAAUUGCAAAAAAUAUUUUAUAUUGUCAAUCGAAUAUUAUACAAAUAUCAUGUAACAAAGCGUCCAAAUAGGUAUAAAUGCACUUUCUCUAAUUAUUUAUCAAGUAAAAUUAACAAAAUUGAGGUGAAAGAAGAAAAUUCAUACUCUAAUAAUACAUUAUUGGAAAUUUCUGAAUUAUCAAAAAAUGAAAAAGCAGUAGCUGCAUAUAAGAAUAUAAAAGUUGAUUUAACAGUUUUGAAACCUACAAAUAAAACGAAAUCAGAAAACGAAGUAUAUGGAUUUAUGGAGGAUGUACAAAAUAUUGAAAAGAAAAGUGUGACAAAUAUUACAUAUAGAUUAUUGCGAAGAGCUAAUAUGAUUAUAGAAUCAGUUAAAGAACAUCAAGUUAUUGAUGACAUGACGAAAUUAAUGAAGAUGAUACACGAAGAAGAAGAUAAAGAAGGUUAUGAUGUAAAAAUUGAUAAAAAAUCUUUAAUUAGAUUGUUACAAAAGCUUGCCAAAGAUAAUUUAGUAAAACAUAUAAAAAUAACUUUGAGUGGAAGUGGGAAAGAGAAACAUUUAACAUUUAUAUGUGAUCCAAACAUUGAUAUUAAAAGUGGUGUUAUUCAAUCAGCUGUGGAGCAAGCAAAAUUGAAAUUCUAUUUGGUGGCCUCACAAAAACCUAAAUCAUCUAUGAAACCAAAAUUCGAACCUAACAAAAGUUUAAAAUCUGAAAAUGAUAAAUCUUCAUCCCAACAAUCUAUAAUGGUACCAUCAAGUUUCAAAUGUGGACCUAGAAUAUCAAGAAAAUACGGAUAUAGUCCCAAAUUUCUUCGUAUGCAAGCAUUACAUAUUUUCUUAUUUUAUUUGGUUUAUGAACAUCCUGGAGAACAAACUUUUUCAAAAACAGAACAAAUCAAACUUUUGAGAAGUAAUGAUUUUAACAUUACUGAAGAAUUAGUAGAGGAAUUCAGUACAAUUUAUACUAAAACUGUUAGUUGGAAAAUGUUUGUACCACCUUUGCCACAAUAUAAUGGUUGGCCCAAAGGAUGGACACUAAUGUGUGAUGUCCUUUUACGACUUCCUUUGUCGAUAUUCUUAAAGAUCCAUUACAUUUCAUUUUCAAUACCAGAAAUGGAUAAAUACAUAAAUCAUCCUAUUCGGAAACAUUAUUUAGUUAGAGAUUUACCGGUGGAUAUUCGAAAUUCUUUGCUGUAUGCUCGAAAAUAUAUAUUUCAUAUUCAUGAAACUGUAACAAGAUUAUGUUAUAUUGGAUUAGUGCAAUUUGGGCCUCAAAAGCUGAAAGAGAAAGAUCAAGUAUUCAUUUAUGUGAAUCGUCAUACUGAAUUAAUGGAUACAACAUCUUCUGCUCCUAGUUAUCAUAUAAUUGAAGAUAAAUCUUAUCCCAUAAUUAAAUAUAACUUCGUCGAAAUUCAGGUAGUCGAGAAAUACUGGUAUGAUAUGUGGAAUACAUGUAUUAAUACGCCAUUAGGCGGCCGGCUUGUUGUUCAAGGCAAAGAUAUAGUGUUAGAAGACUUAAAUAAAAAGGCUGAUAUGAUUCAAGCAGUAGUAGCCCGCUCUCCAGAAGAAGCUGUAAAAUUAGAUACUGGUAAAGUACCUGGAGACCGCAAAGGUGCUGCCGGAAUAGAUUCAGCGUGUUUUGCACAUCUUAAAAGAAAUUGGAACUGGGGUUUCUCUAGUUCGGGUGUUCGACAAACAAAGAAAGAACAGAAUGUAAUUUACGAGAGGGAUAUGUAUCUGGCUAAAAUAAAGGCAAAACCUAUUAGAUUUACCGAAUUUUCCGGAUUGAAAACAGUGUCUGGGCCCCUUUCUUUAAGUGCAACAGAAUUCAGAAAGAAAGUCCAAACUAAAAAUACUGAAGGUUUAGAUCAACAAAAUAAAUAUGAAGCGCUGACAUGCCAGCGAAGUACGAAGCAAAAAUCCUAUGUUAGGAGAGUGUUACCUCGUAAAUGUAGUAAUAAAAGAAGAACUAAAUACGACGAGAUUGAUUAUCGAGCAUUACAACGAAUGCACAAGUUACGAGUGGAUUGGGAACCAUACGAGGAUAAGAUUUUACUUAUCUGUAAGGUUGCCAUGGUAUAUCUUUGUCCAAAUCCACGUAAACAAGUAAUAACAUUUUCUGCAGUAAGAGAUGUAUUACGGACAUAUUCGUAUACUUCACAUAACAAAACAUCAAGAGCUUGUCAACGUCGACUUUUAUAUAUGCUCAGACAACAACGGAACGUUAACACUGUUGCUUUAGGCGUCGAAGAACUUAAGCAAAAUUUUUUCCUUAAAAAGCGCUUUGGUGGCAUUGUAGAGAAACUUAAAGAAGAACAUAAAAAUCCUCAUGAAUAUGAAAAACAAGUUACAGAGGCAUUUAAAUCACUUAUUGCCUACAUUGCAAAGAAGUACUAUGAUAUUUCAGAUGUUGGAUCUAAAGAACCAUUACCUGUACCAAUGACAGUACAAGAAUUUAAUUUAUUUUACAAAGUUGUACAUCCCACAAAACCGUUCUAUAAUCGUGGAUUUACGAAGGAUAUUCGAAAUAUCAAUGACAUACACUCCGCAGUCAUAAAUUCUGUCAUUCAUAGUUCAAUGUGUUGUGGCAAGGAUAGACGAUCUUGGGCAUAUCAAUUAUUUAAAGUGUAUCAGCAGUAUCCAGAGAUGUUGUUGAGAAAUGCUAUGGCAAAAAUUCGUAGUGAUCAAAUGGUUACAAUUAAAAAGAAUCAAUUGACUAAUAUAAGAAAAUAUGGUAAUUAUAUGCCAAUGAGUAGUUCUCAGUAUCAGUUAAGUAGUAAUUAUAUAUAUAAGUUUCACACUAAAUGGCCAUAUGGCAUAUUUAAGGAAUCAUAUGAUGUGUUUCUUCAACUUAGUAAUUGGUACUGUCAUAAUCAAAUGAAUGAUAAAGGUAAUGCAUCAGAUAAAUGUAAUGGUGUUGAAAUAUUAACAAUUACUGGUGGUUUAAUAGGUGCAAUACACGAUUAUAUUGUACGAGAUCAAAUAGAUUUUGAUAUUGAAAUACCUGAUCAAGUUAUAAUGCUUGAUCCCAGAUUAAAAGAGAAAGAUGAAACAUACUUUAGAAUAGCUAAACGAUAUCAGGAUGUAUUAGCUAGUUUAGAUAAUUUGAAGUUUAUAAAAGAAUCAUCUUUGCAAACUAGUAGUGCAGUAACUAAUAUUGAAGAACAUGGUGAUAAAUGUUUGAAUUCUGAGGUUGAUAUUUUACAUUAUAAUGAUAUACAUAAUACUUAUGGGAAAUCAGAUAGAGAUGGUUUUUCAGAUUUAGAUGCGGAAAAGAACAUACUUUUGUCAGAAAAUGAAGGUGAAAGAAGAAGUUUUAGAGAUGUGAAGCAUUUUACGGACUCUGAUGAAUUAAAUUUCGAUACCGAUGAGGAAAAUGGUCGUAAUGUAGUCGAUGAUGAACAGAAUAUAAUUAAAUUUCAAGAUGGAACUAAAAUUGUAUUAAACAAAGACGAUGUGGAGCGUGCAACACUAUAUGAUGAUGACUCAAUGAUGGAAAUAGAAGAAGGUAAAACAUAUACUGUAGAUAGUAUUUCUACAAUAGACAGUGCAGUGCAAGAAAAAAGUAUAGACGAAGAUUCAAAUAAAGUGUCUAAAUUUCAAAGUAUAAUUCAAGUAAAACAUAAUCAUGUAUCAAUAUCAGAAAAUACAAACAAUAAACACGAAGAUAAUAUAUUAAAUACAGAAAGAACAUCUCCAUCUAACUUAUAUAUAGGAUCAAGUGUAAAUAAAGAAGACAAAUUAAUUAUAUCUGGAAGAAAAAGACAAAGAGAUAAUGAUGAACAAACAUUGGAUCCAGAUGAAUCUGUUCAAAAAAAAAAGAAAUCUGAUCAUAAGGUACAGACAGAAAAAAAUGAAGAAAAUAUACAAAAUGAUUUUUCCAUUUUGAUUGAAACAUCAAAUAAAACACAAAAUGAAGAUUCAAGAAAACAUUCCAAUAAUGAAAAGAUGAUAAUUAAUGAUGCAAAAUCCACUAAUAAUAUGGAAUGUGAAAUUUCAUUGCAACCAAAAAAGAGCAGUGAACAUACUUUCACGCGUAUUAGUGAUAUUUUAAGAACUAUUCCAACAGAACAGAGCUAUUUGAAUUCAUAUUGUAAGAUUGAUGAUUCAGAUGUACACAAGCGAUAUACUCGUAUAGCUUUAUUACGAAUGAGAGAAGAAUUGAAUGAACUUACAGUAGCAGAUAGUCAUCAUGCACAUGAAUAUUUCGUUGUAAAUAUGUUUAAAGUUUUUUAUUCUUUAUGCCAAUUAAAGUCACUAAAUAUAAGAGAAAAUGAAAAUUUUAAAGGUCUUCCAGUGCCUUCAGAUCUAUUGCCUUUAAGAUUAAGUACUGCAAAUAAUUUAAUACAAGAAAUAAAUAAAUCUGCAGUUUUUCCAAAGGAAGGUAUUUCAUACUCUGAUUUUAAGAAAAAUUUAUCUACUAAUUUCUCUCUAAAUUUGAAUAACAUGGAAGCAGUAUAUAGAUUUGUACGUGAUAAAAAAGAACUUGGAGUUAGUAUUAAAGAGUUGAUAGAUGAAUUUGAAGAUACUUUAGGAGAAGAUUUAUACCGAAUUGUUUCUUUCCUUGCUGAUAAUUACAUAUUUUUGCGAUCUGGUGUAACGACAGUUCGGUACAUACAUCAUCGCCAUGCUGAUGCUUGGUUAAUACAUUCCUAUAAGAUAUGCCGCCUCGAAAAAGAAUCACUUAUACCAAUUCCUAAAGGAACUGUAUACGUGAUGAACUCUAAAGAUACAUUAAAUAAAGAUAAUGGUAUAAAUACAAUAAAAGAACCUAAUAAAAGUCUUAGUUCACCAUUAGAGAAUGAAUCAUUAAAAACUGUUUGUGAGAAUAUGAUUGAAGAAAAUAUUCAGUCAGAAAUAAAAGAUAACGAAAAUAAAAAUGAAGAUUCUAAUAAAGAUAUAUCUAGUCAUAGUGAUGAAGAAUAUAAUACGCAAGUUAAAAAAAGGAUGCAAAGGAAGAGAACUAGAUUACUACCUCAGAAAGAUAUAUCUAGAGCUGCAAAGCAAUUAGAUUUAAAUACAAAACAAGAAAUAAAAGUAGCUAUAAAGCCAUGGAUUCGAAUAGAUGGAAUUUUAAAUCGACGAGUACUUGAUCGUAUGUUAGGGUCAAUUUUGUCAUACUGUUUAACACGCCCGGGUAUAGCAUUAACUAAAAUACAAAAUAGAUUUGUCCCUCCUCUUCAACCAUGUCAUACACGCGAAUUAGUUGAGAUAUUGGUAAAGUUAAAAUGUUUGGAAAAAAUACUCUUGAAAAAGUCACGUGUGACGUUAUUUUCGAAACCAUCCCAAGUUAAGCUGAAAGUUGCAAAUAAUGAUUGGGCUACUGAAGAAGAUAUUUUCCUUGAACCUACGAGUGGAGCAAUAUUAAAAUUUGGAAUAUUUUUAAGUACUAAGAUGUAUAGUACUGAUUUUAUUACAUAA